UACUGUCACAUUGGAGGAGGAAGAAGAAGAACAGAAGACUGGAGAACUGAUUAACACCAGUAAAUACAGAGAGAGACCAGACUCUCACUCUGACAGCAGGAAGAGUCCUACAGCGGAACCAGACCCAGAGACGCCCAAACCAGCAGGACGACAUCACUGUUCCCAGUGUAAUAUGAGUUUUAAGUGGUUAUGGAAACUGAAAAUCCAUGAUAGAACACACACAGGAGAGAAGCCUUUCCAAUGUUCCCAGUGUGGAAAGGGUUUUACACGGUUAGGGAACCUGAAAAGGCAUGAGAGAAUACACACAGGAGAGAAGCCUUUCCAAUGUUCCCAGUGUGGAAAGAGUUUUACACGUUUAGGGAGCCUGAAAGAACAUAAAAUAAUACACACAGAAGAGAAGCCUCUCCAAUGCUCCCAGUGUGGAAAGGGUUUCAGGUGGUUAGGAAACCUGAAAAAGCAUGAAACGAUACACAAAGGGGAGACAUCUUACCAUUGCUCUCUGUGUGGAAAGGAUUUUACCAAGUUAAGGAACCUAAUAAAACAUACGAAAUUACACACAGGAGAGAAGCCUUUCCAAUGUUCCCAGUGUGGAAAGGGUUUUACACGGUUAGGAAACCUGAAAAAGCACGAGAAAACACACACAGGAGAGAAGCCUUACCAAUGCUCCCAGUGUGGAAAGAGUUUUACACAGUUAGGGAGCCUAAAGGUGCAUGAAAGGACACACACAGGGGAGAGAUCUUACCAUUGCUCUCUGUGUGGAAAGAAUUUUACCAAGUUAGCGAACCUAAAAAACCAUAAACAAUUACACACAGGAGAGAAACCUUUUCAAUGCUCCCAGUGUGGAAAGGGUUUUACACGGUUAGGGUAUCUGAACGAUCAUAAAAGAACACACACCGGAGAGAAGCCUUUCCAAUGUUCCCAGUGUGGAAAGAGUUUUACACGGUUACGGAGCCUGAAAGAACAUAAAACAAUACACACAAGAGAGAAGUCUCUCCAUUGUUCCCAGUGUGGAAAGGGUUUUACCCAGUUAGGGAACCUGAAAAGGCAUGAGAGAACACACACAGUCUUAACAACGACCCCAGGAGUUGGAAAUGGUUCGGAGAACAGAACAUAAAACCGCAUAAGAACAAAAAAUAUUGAGGAACAGAAACAGAACCGGGAAAGAAAGCAUUGUCACUGGUUAAUUAGUGGUCCUCUGUAGCUCAGCUGGUAGAGCACGGCGCUUGUAACGCCAAGGUAGUGGGUUCGAUCCCC